AACUUUUUAAAGAAGAUAUACAGAACCAUUGAGAAAGGGUUGACAUAGUAGGAAUGGCACCCAAUGAUAAGACGCCCUCACAGCACAACUCGACGUUGUUCAUCUCGCCGUUGAUCAAUCGGAGACCGAACCUUUUUGUGACGCCGCCAAAUCCUGCUGGUGGGUUGUUUGACAGUCCUCAAGUUCAAGGACGGGUGAAAGGGCAGGGCCAGGCCCAGGGCCAGACCCUGAGACAAAGUCAUCUGGCUCUGUUGGAUCUGUUUACUCAGAACCAGGGGGUGAAUCUGGGGUAUAAUGGGAUGAAUAUGGAGGGAAGGGAGGUUAUAGAGCCGCUGCUUUCACAGAUUUUACAAAAUGGUCAGGGUCACUCUCAGGGCCUCCCGCAGGGUGGCCCGUCACUGGGAGCACAUCCCCUGGGAGCACAUCCCCUGGGAGCUUAUCCCCAGGGAAUGAAUCUGGGGAUUCAUCUGGGAGCUCAUCUGGGGAUUCAUCUUGGAGUUCAUCUGGGAAUUCACCCUCUAGCAACUAAUCUGGAAGCUCUCCCUUCGGGAGGGAUUCUGUCUGUCCAUGCCGGCCAUGGAAAUGCCAUUUCCCCCGCAGAAAAACUUCGACUUUGGCGUCAUGACGCGCUAAAUCAACACCAUUACGCCACCGCCGAGUACAUCGGAGACAAAGUUCUAACCCUUACUAAUGAUCCCAAUGACGCCUUCUGGCUAGCUCAAGUUCAUUUUGCCACCGGGAAUUACCUCCGGGCGAAACAACUUCUAACCCCCUUCACAGCCCAAUCGAUCUCCUGUAGAUAUCUCACGGCAUACUCUCUUAUCAAGCUAGAACUCUGGGACGACGCCUUGGACGUUGUAGGGGAACAUAACCCAUUCACUCGUGAUGACAACUACCAGGUCCUGACCACUGACGGUGGGAUCAAGCUUGAACUGACCAUGUGCUACCUCCGAGGGCUCAUCUACGCCAACCAAAACAAUUUCGAAAGGGCUAAGGAAUCGUACAAGGAGGCCCUCUUUGUCGAUGUCAAGUGCUUUGAGGCGUUUAGGGAGUUGGUGAGAAACAAUCUCAUGACCCCAAGUGAAGAAUGGGAAUUUGUUCUGCUGCUUAAUUUCCGAAACGCCGAUGACGAUAACGCCGAGUUGGUCAAACUCUUGUACACUACACAUCUUCUGAAAUAUUGUAAUGCACAGAAAUUCCAAGAAGUCGAGGAGAUCUUGGCUGAUGAGUACCAAUUGGGCGACAAUAGCGAUAUCCUUCUCUCCAAGGCAGACUAUCUCUAUGUACAAUGUCAAUUCGAUGAAUGUCUUGCCGUUUGUGAGCGUGUGUUAGCGCGUGACACCUACAAUUUCAACGCGAUCCCAAUCUAUCUCUCUUGUUUGUAUGAGCUUGGGGCAAAGAAUAAACUUUUCUUGAAAGCUCACGAGUUGGCAGAGAACCAUGCACAGAACCCAACCACUUGGUUGGCCAUAGGAAUCUAUUAUCUUCUGAUUGGUAAAGUCAUAGAGAGUAGGAAGUUUUUCAGUAAAACCACCCUUCUUAACCCAAACUUUGGCCAGGCAUGGAUAGGGUUUGCCCAUACGUUUGCCGCUGAGGGAGAACAUGAACAAGCCAUCAGUGCAUAUGCAUUUGCCGCCAGAUUGUUCCCCGGAACCCAUUUAGCCAAUCUAUUCCUUGGUAUGCAACACCUUCAAAUGAAUAAUUUGAACUUGGCAGAGGAGUACUUGAUGGCCAGCUAUCAAAUUUGUCUGACUGACCCGUUACUUUUGAACGAGUUGGGAGUUAUUAACUACCAUCGGGGGAAAUUUGGUGCUGCGGAACUGUAUUGUCAAGAGGCAUUGGGUGCGGCCAAACAUCUCAACCUGGACUCCAAGACCUGGAUCUCGAUCCAUACGAACUUGGGACACAUUUUGAGGAAGUCAGGGGACCCUCACAAGGCAUUGGAAUGUUUCCAGCAAGUGUUACGGAUUUCUAGUAGGGACGAUAGUAAUGUGAUGGCGGCCAUGGGGUUGAUUUAUUUGAAAUUGAACGACCACGAGAGUGCCAUUGAGGUGCUUCAUGAGGCUCUAGCCAUCACUCCACUGGACCCGGUCUCCUCGGACUUGUUGAAGAGAGCACUUGAACAGAAUGCCGAGCAAGGCGCACGGUUUCUUGGGGCCAAGAGUACCCGGUUGAUGGAAUUGAAUCUCCCCACCAUGAAGGAGCGUAGACGUAGACAUGAGCACCAUGGGAUGGGGAUGGGUGAGCAUCUUGCGGAUAUCACGACGUCUCUGAAUAAGUUCUCUGGGGCAGGAGGAGGGACCACGCCUGUGAAGAAGAACAUGGUUGUGGUUGGCCGGAAACGUGUAGUUAGUGGGGCUGCUGGUGGGGCAUCUGGAGGUGGAGGCAGUGGAGGUGGAGAUAGAGGCAUGAUAGGGAUUGACGAGCAUGUUGGUACAGACGCCACGAUUGCAGCGAAUGCUUUGAAACGUGGCGAGGAGUCUAGUGAUGAAGAUGACGAGGUUAUGGAUAUAGAGAGCGAAUGAGGAU